AUGAGCGCUUUCUUUGUGAACAAUAUCUAUGAUAAAUGGAAUCAUACGCCAUUGAUUGUCAGCAUAAAUCCAAAUCCUACUUCGAUAACUCAAGAUCCGUUUCCCGCUGUAACUAUUUGUAACUUAAAUCAGGCUUAUAAGCAGAUAGCCGAAAAAUUUUCCGUCUAUUCGCCCGAAUAUGCUAUGUUACAAUUGAUCUGCGAGCGUGAGGCCAAUGCCACCAUUGCGAGUUCAAUCACGGAUUGGAGCAACUUGAGAAAUUUUAUUACCAAAAUCGCUCAACCCUGCAGUGAGAUGUUGCUAACCUGCCGAUUUGGUGGAGUAAAUUAUAAAUGUUCCGAGAUUUUCUCCCCAAUAGUAACCGACGAGGGACUGUGCUGUGCUUUCAAUUUGGUAGAUGCAAAAUUCGUUCAUAAAAAUGAAUCUGUUGGCCAACACUACAAUGCGCCAAAUGGCACCAUUUUCGUUGACUGGACUCCAGAGCAUGGCUAUCCCUCCGAAUUGCCUCAAUCGUAUAUACCAAUGCCUGCUGCCGGUACAGGAGAGUCUUUAGGUUUAUCCAUAACUCUGGAUGUUGAAAGGAAUUUCUAUUAUUGUUCUUCUUCAAAUAGCGUCGGUUUCAAGGUGCUACUGCACAAUCCACUGGAAUUUCCUAAUAUGCGGGAAUUUGGUUUAUUACUGUCACCCGGCCAUGAGACUCAACUUCGUGUUCAAACAUUCAAAACCGAAUCCGAACGACAUUUGCGUGCGAUUAAAAAAAAUUCACGUGCAUGCCUGUUCCAGGAUGAAUUAUCAUUGCUGAUUUACAGGACAAAUGAAAGCAUAUGCAGCAUUUAUGAAUCAAAGUGCGUUAAACGUAUACUACUGCAGUAUUCGUUGUCGAAUAAUGGCAAAGGUUGUUCAGAUAUUUGCUGGCCUAACUGCUUUGAUCUCUCAUUUCAACCGGAUUUCUUCAGUACGCCACUAUCGCACUCGGGAUUUCAAAUCAGUAAUCAGGUGAUUAAGAAAAUAAAUAGCUCUUAUGCAGAGCAAAAUAUUGCUGUGUUGAAUGUUUACUUUAAAGAGAUUUGGUAUAGAAGCAGCAAAAAGGCGGAGUAUGUUGGAAUAACGGAAUUCAUGUCAAAUCUUGGUGGCAUCAUUGGACUGUUCUUUGGAUUCAGCUUUAUAUCCUUGGCCGAAUUCAUUUUCUAUUUGCUAUUAAAGCCUAUUCGCAUGUUGAUUGUUGUGCUUUGGGCACAGAGGCGCAGAAAGUCUGCCAAGAUACAAAAACUACACAAUUCGAAGUCAUUUAAGAGGCAAUCAUCGCAUAGUUUGAGCUUAAGCGAUCGAAAACAUAUUUUACGUGGUGAUUAUGAGAAUAAAAGGAAUAAAGCCGAUCGGGUUAUUAUUAAGGUACCAACAAAGAGAUUUUACCAAAAUACGAAUACUUUAUGGAAACCUGGCAUGGACUACACACCGUAA